CCAAUUCUUCUCAUAUCGUAAUCACACAUGGCGAGGGCUUCCGUUGCGACAAGAUUAUAACAGUAAUCACUUUAGAGCGAAGGCUGCUCCCAAGCCUAAUACAUCAUGCCAACAAGUUCUAAUACUGCACUUCUUCUGCGACAACUGCGCCACUCCAGUGCUAGCGUGCGACCAAUUUCACAUGCAAUAAUAAGCCGGAGUUUCUCGGCCACGAGAGCCUCGGCCUCCUCGUCACCCUCGGGUCCCUCGCCCUCAAACCCCAAUCACACCGACCCUACCUUCACGACCGUAUCACCCGAUGAAGUGUCUCACUUCAACGCUCUCGCAUCCUCUUGGUGGGAUCCCCAAGGGCCGUCACGAAUCCUCCACCUUAUGAACCCGCUCCGACAUGACUUCAUUCGAUCGUGUCGCGCUUCUGUCCUCGACGACCCACCCCCACCUUCUACCGGUCUGAAAUACCUCGAUAUAGGCUGCGGAGGGGGGAUAUUUGCCGAGUCUGCUGCUCGCUUAUCUAGUACUGCAUCUGUAACAGCGAUAGAUCCCAGCUCUGAGGUGCUGGCUGUAGCGAAGGCGCAUGCGAAGCGAGACCCCGCGUUACGGUCGAAACUUACAUACCUCAAUACACCUAUUGAGCAACUGCCAGCCCCGAGCACACCCCAAGAGGGCUACGAUAUCGUGUCGAUAUUCGAGGUUAUAGAACAUGUAUCCUAUCCCGCACAGUUCCUCGACCGAUGUACGCCCUUCGUCAAGCCUGGAGGUUGGCUAGUGCUUAGCACGAUUGCGAGGACAUGGAUGAGUUGGUUGACCACCAAUGUUAUCGCCGAGGAUUUGUUACGUAUAGUACCUCAAGGGACACAUGACUGGCGGAAAUACAUCAAUGAAGAUGAGCUGAGAGGCCACUUCUUACAAAAGAGAAUGGGAUGGGCUGAGCCGAGGUGUAUGGGCGUAAUAUAUGUCCCAGGCCUGGGAUGGAGGGAAGUAAAUGGGAGUGAGAAAGUUGGAAAUUACUUCUUCGCCGUUCGAAGAACCGAUGAGUCGAUAUGAUAAACCUAACAACGAUCAUAAAAGUUUAAACUGGAUAUUAGACAUGGUGUAUAAUAAUAGAGUACAGGUAUGGUCGACCAACUGAGCCGGAAAAUGCUCGAGAUCUGGUUGUCGCAUUAUCUAUCAAUAUACCCUCCCAAAUUUUGAAUAGUCCAGAAGCGAUAUUUUGGAUUUACGAAGGUACAUUCACUUUGCACCAUCAUGAAAUUGGUACGAUAAAUCUUAGAUACAUAUUUCAAUCCGGUGAUAUAGUUUCAUCUUUUGCUCUUCAAAUUCCAUCUCCUGCCGUUUAAGUUGCCCUCUUUGUAAGACGACCCCGUCCCAUCUACUGCUUCACAAGUCACGCCAUUCCCUAAGAAAGCGUCACCAUUACAAUGCUCUCAGCCAGUAGCAUCGAUCAAUUUCAGAUCCAACUCGCCAGGGCUUCGUAUCGUGAUAUUCUAGAAAAGCGGACAAACAACAAUACGCUAUUCCACGCAAACACCAAUAUCAAAGAC